ACUUCUGUCAGUGUGGGGAAUGGUGAGAGCACAGGCAGUGACUUAUUAGUUAUUACUCUGUACUUGCACACAUGGAAGCGGAUUGUAGAGCUUAUUCUUUGACUUUUGGCAGCAGAGUUUGUCACUGAGCAGGAUCAUCAGUGUCAUUGGGAACAAGCUGUGAUGAUUUCAGAGAAGUGAACUUGACACUUCAGCUGUUUAUCAAGACACUGAUUUGUUUUGAACCAUUUAACUGGUGAAGCUCACAGAUGGAGGCAGUAUGUGAGCAGCUCCAUGGAGCCGAGGAGGAGGAGGAGGAGGCAGGAGGUGGUGCAGCCAUGCUGUGGUCCAUCCAGGAGGCUCUGGAGAGGCAGACCCUGCAGAUCGGAGUGUCGGCCUGCGGGGCCACAGCAGUGGUGGACGUGCUGAAGGCCCUCGACGUGGAUGUGGCCCCUGAGGAAGCUGAUCGCUGCGUCCAAACUCGCCUGAGGAGGAAUGAGUCACCUCUGCCGGACUAUCUGCUGUCCCGGAGCGAAGCCGGCGCGACUCACGCUCAGCUCAUCGCAGGAGCAGAGCAGGCCAGUAACGGGAAGGUGAUGGGUCGCUUCUUCCACCUUCAUCCCCGCCGGCGGGUGAAGCUGGUCCCCUGGCUCGCACGCUGGAUUCAAAAAGGUGCUGUUCCCGUGGCGACCAUGAACAUGCAGCUGGCCGUACCCGAGGGAGAGGACGUGCCAGACGCCUGGCACCAUCAGCUUAUAUUUGGGGUCGCACCUAAUGCAGUUUUCAUGACCAAUCCUUUAGAUGUAGCAAGUGAGGGAGAGGUGCACCAGCGACUCUGCAGCGAAUCCGUGCUGCUGAUUCGUCGAGAAGACGUCCUGCAGCGAUUAACUCCCGAUUCCUGCUCGUCCGGCCUCUCGGAGAGCCGGUCUGACCCGCGAUGGAAAGCCCUGGAUGUUGAGGGUCAGGUGAGACAGAUGGCCCAAGAAGACGGACAGGAGCAAGAGCAACCCAAGUUAACACACAUCACGAUCCCGGCAGCGUACAGUUCAGGCAUCACGUUCUUCGCCCUACGGCAGUCAGGGGUAGGACAAGAACUCCUCAACGCGCCUGAACUCCCUUUGUUGUGACCGGACUGGCACACGUGUACUCAAGAACUAAAGUGUUGACGCUUUUAUUGUGAUCUGAAAAAUAAAAGUGAUAAUGUGACAUUUUAUUGAGCAGAAACCGACAGAUCAAUAACCCACAAACCCACAGUCAUCCACGCACAUUUCUAUCAAUGAUGCCUGUUUCCAUACAGCUAUUGAGUUGUUUUAAGCUGCUUUUCAGGUUGGGUCUGGGAUGGGUUUAGAAAUUGAAUCCAUCAUUUUACAAUAGCAGUCUAAUAAUCUGAAACUUGCUGUCUGUUAUUACUGCCUAUCUUGUCCUGAACACUCUUGAAAAAGAUGUUUUAAAUCUCAAUGGCUUUCUUUCAAAAAAGAAAAAAAGAAAGAAAGAAGAAGAUAAAAAAACAGUCAGCAUUUGUCCAGUGUUUUGUGUAGUAUUUUUUGCUCUUGAGUGUUUUCAUUUUAAUGCGACUUUAAAUCCUUCUCUAAUGUGUUUCAGAGGGAUGUAUUGUGCUUUUCACUCCACUAUAU